CGAGCUGUUGAAGCCAAAGCCAUUCUAAAUUAUAACCGCUUUCGGAUUUCGAGCUCAUUUUGGUCCCAAAAAACAAAACAAAAAAAUCCCCCAAUUUCAUUGGUUUGCUUCUUCAUCUCCCCUUCCGCCAUUGCUCCCCGGAUCGAGCUCCUUUUCGGAAUAUCAAUUUCUUACAAUCCAAUAUACAACCGCUGAAAGGAGAUCAACGAUCAAGGGGAUAAAUGGCCAGUCUUCAAGACAUAGGUGUUUCUGCAGCAAUCAACCUUCUCUCUGCAUUGGCAUUUCUUGUGGCAUUUGGUCUAUUGCGGCUUCAACCAAUCAAUGAUCGAGUAUACUUUCCCAAGUGGUAUCUUAAGGGAAUAAGGGGCAGUCCCAGACGCUCAGGACAUGUGGGCAAUGUUGUCAACUUGGAUUUCAAUAUGUAUAUGAGGUUUCUAAAUUGGAUGCCUGCGGCAUUGAAAAUGCCAGAACCUGAGCUCAUUGAACAUGCGGGACUUGAUUCUGCUGUGUUUGUUCGAAUUUACCUUCUCGGCUUGAAGAUAUUUGUCCCCAUAACUUUUCUUGCUUUUGCUGUUUUGGUGCCUGUCAAUUGGACUGGAGACACUUUAGAGCGUGUCAAGGGCUUGACAUACAGUGAUAUCGACAAGCUCUCAAUAUCCAACAUUCCUCCAGGAUCAAAAAGAUUUUGGGUGCAUCUAGGCAUGUUUUACAUCUUCUCAUUUUGGACGUAUUACAUCUUGUACAAGGAGUACAAGAUUAUAGCUUCCAUGAGGCUACGAUUUUUAGCAUCUCAAAAACGUCGCCCAGAUCAAUUUACAGUCCUUCUGAGGAAUGUUCCUUUAGAUCCCGACGAAUCAGUUAGUGAGCACAUUGAACAUUUCUUUUGUGUAAAUCACCCCGAUCACUAUCUAUCGCAUCAGCUUGUUUAUAAUGCAAAUUACCUUGCAAAGUUGGUUGAAAAGAAGAAGAGUGUACAGAAUUGGCUCGUAUACUAUGAGAACAAAUAUGAGAGAAAUCCUAAUGAAAGGCCCACUACAAAGACAGGUUUCUGGGGAUUGUGGGGAAGCAAGGUGGAUGCAAUUGAUCAUUAUACUGCCGAGGUCGAGAAGUUAAGUAAAGAAGAAGAUAUAGAAAGAGAGAAAGUUGUAAGUGAUCCCAAUGCUAUAAUUCCUGCAGCAUUUGUAUCAUUUAAGACACGUUGGGGAGCAGCUGUAUGUGCUCAAACGCAGCAGUCCAGUAACCCUACAAUUUGGUUGACAGAAUGGGCUCCUGAACCACGUGACAUCUUUUGGGAUAAUCUUGCUAUUCCAUAUGUAAAACUUGCAGUACGAAGAUUGCUCAUGGCAGUUGCUCUAUUCCUUCUCACCUUUUUCUUUAUGAUACCCAUAGCUUUUGUUCAAUCUUUGGCAAACAUAGAAGGAAUUAUGAAGGUCUUUCCAUUCUUGAAGCCCAUAAUUGAGAAGAAGGUUAUAAAGUCUGUCAUCCAAGGAUUUCUUCCCGGAAUUGCUUUAAAGAUUUUCCUAAUUCUUCUCCCAAAAAUUCUCAUGACCAUGUCACAAAUCGAAGGUUUCACAUCCCUCUCAGCGUUAGAUAGGAGAUCGGCUGAGAAGUAUCAUCUGUUCAUUCUGGUCAAUGUGUUUCUUGGAAGCGUUGUAACUGGAACAGCAUUUCAGCAGCUUAAGAAGUUCGUUGACGAGCCCUCAACAGAGUUCGCAAAAACUGUUGGGGACUCCAUUCCAAUGAAAGCUACAUUUUUCAUUACUUAUGUAAUGGUUGAUGGUUGGGCUGGAAUUGCUGCAGAGAUUCUCAGAUUGGUUCCACUGGCCAUGUUCCACUUGAAGAAUACAUUUUUAGUUAAGACAGACCAAGAUAGGGAUCAAGCAAUGGAUCCUGGUUGCGUGGAAUUUGCCAUAUCUGAACCUAGAAUACAGCUUUAUAUCUUGCUGGGGUUUGUGUAUUCAGUUGUCACGCCAAUACUGCUCCCUUUCAUCAUUGUCUUCUUUGCUUUCUCCUACCUGGUUUAUCGUCAUCAGAUCAUUAAUGUAUACAACCAGAAGUAUGAGAGUGGUGCAGCCUUCUGGCCGCACGUUCAUCGUAGAGUGAUUAUUGGCUUACUUAUAUCCCAGCUUCUUCUAAUGGGAUUGUUCAGCAUGAGAGAUGCUGAGAAGUCAUCAGCAGUCCUCGUUGCACUGCCCAUUUUGACAAUCUGGGUUCACAAAUUCUGCCAGGGGCGUUUUGAAUCCGCAUUCGUCAAGUUUCCCUUACAGGAUGCAAUGGUGAAGGACACACUGGAAAGGGCCACAGAACCAAAUUUAGACCUGAAAGCGUAUCUAAAGGAUGCUUAUGUACACCCAGUUUUCAAGGACAACUCAAUGGACCCAACUGCACUCAUUGAUGAUGAAGAAAGCAACCCUCUAGUUCCUACAAAGAGAAACUCUCAAAGGAGUAGUAAAUUCCCUUCUGAAGAAAGCUCUGAUUCGGAUGGCUGAGUUAAUAUUUUAUAAUGGUAAUUAUGGAUUUAGAAACAACUAAAGCAUCUUUACUCAUGAUUUUCAUCUGAAAAUAUAUAUGUCAUUAGAGCUUUUACAACUCUUUGAUGUAGAGCCAGGCUUUGGUCAAUAAUAGUGAAAUUGUACUUUAUUAUAGAACUUUAACACGCAUGCUUUGCUUGUUAGAACUAAAUAUAAUGAAAGUGCGUUGUCUUG